CGGAUUGCAGUGUUCACGGUUUUAAUGAUCGUGAACUAACAAAUGCGUCCGUGAACGGCAGGGUCACCCUAUAAAAGGGUCGUGAACGGUUUUCCUUCACUUCACGACCCAAAACUCGCCAGAAUCCUCCAAACCUCGCCCGAAAAUCGUGAAUCUCCGACCACUUUUGCCCUUUUCACCCACUUGCGGCUAGCCAAACCCAAAACCAAGCACAAAACCAGUCUUCCCUCAUCAAGGCCGGCCUUCGCCAGAAUUUUGGGGAGAUUUGGAGCAUAUUUUUUCCGAUGAAUUCGCCGCUGGAGAGGCUCCAACGAUCUUCUGGUGAAGCUCCGACGACCCCCCUCUGGUAUGUUUUCGGCCGAUUUUUUGCCUCCCUCUCCUCACUUCCCCUACCCUUCCUACUUGAAUCUCCAGGUUUGUUUUCAACUCUACCUUGAUUCUUUUGGGAGAAUCAGAUUAGGUAGUGAAGUGAGGAGAUUUUAGUGAAUUGAAUGUUGAACUUAGCAUUAGGGUGAGGAAAUAGGUGAAUUAGGGUGAUUGAAUGGUUGAAUGAUGUUUGCUUGGGCUUAGUUGAGCCUUGGUGGGCACGUUUUGAUUCGAAUUGCUUUUAUUUGUGAAAUUUGCCCACCAAGUGCUAAUUUGUGAAUGAAUGUGAAAUGAUUAUGCUUGAGUGGUGGAUGGUAGCCACCGUGGCAUGGUUCAGUUUAAUUUUUUUUUUGUGUGGAUAAUCCAUGAACACCUACAACCAUGCCUCGCUGUGCUUGUGCUUAAUUGUUUUGAUUAGCAUGGGCCCAAAGUGGAAAUACAAGUGGGAGGGGGGGGGGGAUUCCUUUUUCCUCCCAAUGAGUUGAGAUUGAUAAUUAUUUCCACAUAUGAUGCAUGUUUGUCGGUUUUGCGGGAUGCUUAACGUGGAGCACGAGUACAUCAACUACUUGGUGAACCAUGCAUGGUUCGGGACCAAGUUUGCAUAUUAGAGGGACAGCCCGAUUGGGCAACAUUGGCGACUGGACUUGGACAUGUUUAACUGUUCAGGUGUCGAGCCAUGAUGCCAGGGGUCGCCUGUCACCCCCAAUGGCGCCAGCUGUUGUCUUUGGAUGAGCUCAUCUACCACGAGCUCUGCUUGGAGUUCUACUCCACCUUCUCCCACGUCGUCCCAACAAGCAAGAAGAGUCGACCCUACGUGGAGUUUAUGCUGGGCGGUCAGCCAUGGGUGCUGACCUAUGAUGCCUUCGCCCAAGCCAUGGGGCUCAACACUACAUACAUGAUGAUGAUGGAGCGGCAUUACACCGUCGAUUUCCACUACCAGGGCGCAUUCCAGGCCCUCUAUCGCCCUAGCAUGAUCAGGAGGAGUACGAUGUUGGCCGCACCAAUGCGGUUAAGUUGCGGCUCCCAUGGAGGAUCAUGCAUACUCUCCUAGCCCGGUCCGUCGUCCCUAGCUUGCAGUCGGGCCAUCUGAUGAUGAACAGAGGGUUGCUUGCCCUCCAGAUGAUGAGUCGGGGCCUUCGACUCAGUGAGAGGUAGCCGAUGAGGGUCGCAUUAGUGGCGUGGAUUGUAUCCCAUUUCCUCGACCUAAAGAAUAAGAGGGUAGCUUUGUCUACUUGUUAGACUUCCUUGCAGUUUAUAACUCCCUCACCACACACAGUCAUUCGAUCCUUCAAGUCAUAAUUAUUAGCUAGGGGGAGCAACACCCGGGUGAAACCUUCUCAAUUAGUGUCAAAAUCAUUUCAUCUUUGCAAAGUACUUUAGUUUUAGAUCUUCGUUUUAACCAAAACUAUAUGUUAGUUAAUGUUUCAAACAAAUCGAAGUAGCGGUACAUGGGCUGGCCCUGGUCGAUAUUUAAACAUACUUGCCCUAUAUUGCAUCCAUCUAAUGUUUAUACUUGGGCCUUAGGUGGAAUUUUAUUGUGAUAGUCAGAUAGAGUCACCAUGCUCGCUAAACAAGCUUAGAGGAUACUUCGUCAGCCUGGUUCCCUCCUUGCUCGGACAUAUAAGGGAAAGUACUUUCCUUCUACUUCUCUUCUCCAUGCCCGGGCUGGCUAUCGGGCGUCAUGGGCGUGGCAAGGAAUACCUGCAGGGCGUGAUUUGCUGGUUUGAGGUCUAAGAUGGCAGGUUGGUACAGGGAGUUCCAUCCUUGUUAGUGGUGAUAUCAGGCUGCCUACCACUCUUCCCUCUAGUCCUAAGCUGUUACCCGGUCGUUAUCCUCCUUCUCCUUUGGUUUCUUUAUUGAUUGGUCAAGGUACGAGAGAAUGAUGCUUAUCUUUGUUGCAAUUUCUCUUUGAUGCAUCUACUGUUAAGCUUAUUCUCUCAAUUUCUCUCCCAUGACAUCCAAUUGAAGACAAACUCAUCUGGCACUAUGAUCCAACUGGUGAAUACACAAUGAAGUCGGGUUAUAGCCUGGCAUUUGCAGAAUCCAGCUCUGAUCCUUUUCCCCUUCCCACUUCAUUUGAUUCUCGUUUUUGGAAGUACCCAUGGGCAUUACCUAUGCCGUCCAAACUGGAAAAUUUUCUUUGGCGAAUGCUUCGUCAUUUCCAUCCCUUGUUGGAUGAGCUUCGUUAUCGACAUUUGGUCUCAGAAGCUCCUUGUCCUGUAUGUUGUAUUUCUCCAGAGACUGCUUGUCAUUUGUUUUUGAUUUUUUUUUACUGUAGGGUGGCGAAGGAACUUUGGCACAUGGCUUCCACGGACACAAUUCCUUUGUUUUUUGCAGGAGAACAUUUUGUCCUAGCAUGGAGGCAUUUAUUUUUCUUCUCAUACGUGUCUUCGCAGGAAGUCGAUCGGGUUGUUUUCAUGUGCUGGCGGUUAUGGAAAUCAAGGUACUUUGUUGUCCAUGAUUUUUUAUUUAUUCAGGUUCGCCCACUCUAUCGUCAAUUCAGUCACCAAGUAGAGGAGUGGGUUGCUGCCUCGGUUCCUUCUCUUUUGGGAGCGACAUUUGCUUCUUCUCGACCUACGCCAAAACCAAUGUCUUCCUUGUUACCACAACCAGCUAUGCCAGGUGGUACUUCUCCAUUUUGAUGGUGCUUUCAAGCGGGGUGUUGGGGCAGAUGUGGGUUUUGUUGGUGGGAUGCAACUCCAAUUUGCAUUUGAAUGUUAUCUUUUGGGUAUUGAGGAUAUCUUUGUGAUUGAACUAAUGGCGCUUCGUGAGGCCUUGUAAUGGUGUUUAUUGCAUGAUUUCACUUCUUCACUUCGCACAUGUUUGGUGGAACACUGUUAGAAGAGGUUUGGUUAUUACUUGACUUUUUACUCUUAAUUUUCAUGUAAGUUUAUCCCACGUAGGCUGAAGCUAAACAGGGUUGCCCAUAUAGUAGCUCAAAAGGCACUUGAAUCGAGAAUCGACUUAUUGCUUGAUUAUAGCAGUUGUGUUAUAUCUUGUUAGUGACUUGUCUUUAUCUUUCCCGUAUGUUUUAACUAUACAUAAGGGUUCUGUAACAAAACCCAAUCUUGACAAUUAUGUGUGCAUACUUGUAUCAUUCUUUUUCUCCAUUCAGAUUGGCCUUUUACUAUGAUUUGGUUUCAGUUUCAGCUAUGUUUGUGGCUCUUUCUAGUUUUCUCAUGGGUUUUCAUCUUUUACUUCUACUCUUCAUCCUCUCCUUUUAUUUGGGGGUUCUAUUGUAUUUUUCUUUAUUCGAAUGUCUAGUCUGUGAAUUCCUUGUAGAUGUUCUUCCGGUUUGUGUUAUUUCGACUGUUUUGCAGUUUGUGUUUUUUUUUUUCACUUUGCAGGUAAGCUGCUUAGAGGAGUGUAUCCUUAUUCUGAUUUCAUAGUUUGUAUCCGGUAUUGGUUGGGCUUUUACCAUAAACCUGCUUGUAUGGGGCUUUUUGUUUGUUUUGUAUGUUGAUUUUGCAGGUGCAUCGUGGUGCGUUGCUGAUGGUCGCGUGGUGCAUACCCCCUUUGUGUUUAAGUGUUUUAUCAUUACACUCUAAAUUGCGUUUUUGCAUGUGACGCGUCCGAUUUGCUUUUUGCGGCUGGUGGUCUUUUGUAUGAGCAAGAAUUUUGGAAAAGUUGUUUUCCAUAUUUGUUGCAAUUCAGUUGUUUUGCAGUUUAUGUGUUUAUUCAUUUUGCAGGUGGAACUACUUACAGGGGUAUAUUCAUGUCUUACUUUAUUUGUUAGUUUAUAAUGUAUUAUCAGUUUAUUAAGUUGUUCAGGGCUGUCCAUAUUAUGGCUUAAAAAAUUCUUGAAUCGAUAGUUCACUUAGUAGUAACCAUCGUAUUUAUGUUUUUUCUAUGGGAUAAAUUACAUGUUUGGUCACUCAAAUUACAUAAAUCUUUCACUUUUGCCACCCGAAUUACUUUUCUUUCUAAUUGGCCACUAACUUUACGAAUCAUUUCACCGUUAGUCACCGGCCAUUAGUCUCCGACAAACUCCGUUAGUUUUUUUAUGACGUGGCAAACGAGACUGAUGACUGGAUGGUUAACUUAAUGAUAAUGUCAAUUAAAAAAUAAUAAUAAAUAAUAAAUAAUUAAUUAACAGGUGGUAUGCACCCCACCGUGAACUUCCUCCGCUGAUCGCCAACGGCCAGCGUUUGGCAAGUUGCCGCCCUUUUCCGUUGGGAGAUUUGAAGUCCUUCAGAGGCUGUCUCCGGAAGGGAUGGUCAACCGGGUAGCGAGUUUUCCAGGUCGAGCUCGUUCGCCUCAAAUCUAACCACCGACCUGUAACCCACUCGAGUCGUCGACUCGUCGUCAUCGAUGGAGGACUAGCCAUCACUACUUGGAGCAGGAUUGUAACUGCCAUUAAUGGAAGCAUUGAUUCGAAAUUUCUUACCCAGCAGAAGAGUUGGCUCCAUCGUCCCCGCCGCCGCCGCUUUAACCAUUCCCUUGCUGUGAUUCACUCUUUUCACGAACCGCUCCGCGUCAAAUCUGGACCAGGAGCAUUUUCCUCUCUCCUUCAACGGCGAUUUACAAUGAUUCGUCGCGCAAUGCAGGCGGAGGAGCGCGGAGAACAAGUCGUUCUCCUCGCGAACUAUAGUUUCGAAACCAGAUCUGGAAGCAGAGGGAGUGGAAGAAGAACGGAAGAGGAAACAACGUCAGAUCUGGAUGCUAGGCUGGACUGGAGGAACAUCCGCAGGAAGAGGCAAAACUCGUGUCCUCCACCAUGUGGCUGACGUGGAGGUUGGCCAUGGAUAUGGUUCCCCGCUGGCCGGUACAACCUGCCCAUCCCUUAGAGAGAAAAAGAAUUAGCAGAGGAAAAAUCGUUGGGUAAUCCUCUGCUUUUUUCCUCCUCCUCCCGACAAUCCUGCCGCCGCCGCGAGCGAUUGAGCUGGUGGCAUAGUCGAGCCAGUAAUUCCACCUUCUCCCUCUUCCAGCAAGGUGGUUCUUGGACAGGAACUGGUGGGGAACGAGACGGGUGGGAAGGGGAGGGGGCUCGAAGGUGGAAAGGGCGAAGAGGAGGAAGGAGAAGAGGACCAACAAGGAGUAGGCGGGAGAUGGUGAAUUGAGUUUUGGUAAGGAUUGGGUUGCUGGAAUUGGUUCGUUUCAUGGCUGGUUUUGCAUUAUCCAGAGAAUCGCCAGAGGAAGGGGAGGAGGACAGGGUGUAAUCAUAGCUGUGAACCGUCUGUUUGCCGUCGAAAACGAGAAUCCUGGAGCCCGGCGGAAGAGUUCUUGUGGCUGGAGAAGAAGAACAGGAGGAAGCCCAUGUCACGGUUGCUGUUGUUAGUGGUGGUGGUGUUCUUGGCCCAGUUGGAGUUUGCUAUGAUGCCCAUAGGGGGUCUGAGUUCUGUAGGAAAAAGAUCGCCACCCCACAAAUAUCCACCAUUCUAAUUCACAAUCCCUUUCGGAGACAACCUCCGACGGACAUUGAAUCUCCUAACAGAAGAGGGCAGCAACUAGCCAAUCGCUGGCCGCGGGCGAUAAGAGGAGGAAGUUCACGGUGGGGUGCAGGCCACCUGUUAAUUAUUUAUUAGUUAUUUUUUUUAUUGACAUGUCAUUAAGUUAACCAUCUAGUCAUCAGUCUCGUUUGCCACGUCAUUAAAAAAUCAACGGAGUUUGAUGGAGACUAACGGCCGGUGACUAAUGGUGAAACGAUUCGUAAAGUUAGUGUCAAUUAGAAAAAAAAGUAAUUCGGGUGACAAACAUGAAAAAUUUAUGUAAUUUGAGUGACCAAACGUGUAAUUUAGUCUUUUUCCUAUGUGUAUGUACUUCUGCCUACUUUUAUUUAUGCCAAAAAAAUGCAAAAGCAGGGUGGGGGCCUACUGGCCUAGUGGUUAGACGUUGGAGUGGAGCCGAGCUGAUUCCGGUGAAUUUGCGAAGUUGCUCUGUGUCUUUUUAUGACUUGUCCAUCCAAAGCACCCAACGUCCAAAUCGCUGAUGCUAUAACCCAUAAGAAAGGCCUAAUUUCUGU